AUGCGUAGUGUGCUGGCAGAGGAUUUGGAAAUUCCCAAGACAAACCAAGACGUUGUGAAAAUUCGUGCUAGUGUAGGAAAUAACCUGCAUGAAGUGGAGACUGCAACUGGAGAAGUAUACCUAGUUUCAAUGCCAUCUCGUUUUAGGAAAAGUGUUUGGGUGAAACGAGGAGAUUUCAUUCUGGUAGAACCUAUUGAAGAAGGUGACAAAGUAAGAGCCGAAAUGGUGCGGCCAAUUACAUCAGAUUAUAUUCGUUUUCUUCGUGAAAAUAGCAAAUGGCCGUCUGCCUUUGAAAAAAUAGAGUCAGGUGACGAUCUUGAAGGCGGAAACCCAAAUAGGAGACCUAUGACAAACUGUGACUCAAGUAGUAGUGAUAGUAGUAAUGAUGAAAACUGA